CUGUUCCCUUGCUCGAAUCCACUCAAUCUACUGAAAACUUCAGAGGCAAGCUGCCGUACUCAUAUUCCACAGAAUAUAACCUUUGUUACUUUCUUCAUCAGCCUCAAGUCUCCGGAAAAUCAAGUUCAGAAGAUAGUUGUUCGAAUGGAGUACGAUGGAGGAGCAACACGUUGGAGGCACAGGCGAUCAUCAACAGAGAAACUAGUACUGAUAAGCUUGACGUUUCUUGCCAUACUUUCACCACUGAUCAUCGACAGAAGGGAAGCCAUUGAGCCAGAGCCGGAGGAGGAACCUAUCGACAUUUCUUCUCUUGGCCCUGUUCUGCUGGUGGUUCUGAUCAUUGCAGUGGCCAUAUCAUGUUACUUGGACAAAAGCUUAACCAGGUUUGACCCUUACUGGAUAUACAGAGUUGGCGGUUCUUCCAGUGGGAUCGUCAUAGUCCUCAUGGUUCUUGCAUUGGUCCUAAAAUGUAAAGCUUCUCCUGCUGACGUUCAGUGAGUUGCGGAAAGAGUCUGUCAUGCUAGAUGCUUACAUUUGCAUAUAUCUGAGUCACAUUGUCAUGUAAACAUGAUUAUUAAUGAAAGACAUGCAGUUCUACAAAAACGCUGACUCAUGAAAUGUUCUGAAUUGUUCAAUCUGUUUUAGUUGUAACUCUUGAUUCACAGCAGUCUAGAAUGAGACUACACUAGUCACCAGUACACUAGUCACCAGUAAUAGUGUAAUAGUAUACCAUUAUCACUAUAUAGAAUAACCAAAUUGUAAAGCUUGAAUGGUUGAUGUGA